CUUGCACCCUAUACAGUUGCGCUGAAUUUUCCAUGAAUUAUACAUACAAAUUGCGAUUUGUGGUGUAAAAUAAUUUUUCUUUUUGAAGCUACACACUAAAAAAAAAAAAGUGAAGGAAAAAAAAUAUUAAUAUUUUUUUUUCAUCUUAUUGCGAAAAAAAUAAAAGGGAAAUAAAAAUUAAAUAAUUUAAUAUAGAAGAAAAUCAAAAAAAGGAAAUUAAUUAAAAUUUUAAUAUUAUAAAAAAUUAAAUUUAUUUUAAUUAAAUAUUGUGAAUAUUAAAAUUAAUAAAAAAAAAUUAAAACAAAAAGAAAAAUAUAAAAAAAAAAAAACUAAAAAAAACGGAGAAAAUUCAAAAUUUUCUUCAAUUCUCAUUUCUAAAAAAUUUUGAUUCGGCGAAGGAAAAAUUGGAAUUUUCCUUCUUUUUUUCUCGUUUAAUUUCAACAUUAAUUUGUUAAAGUAAAUUUAAAACACAAAAGUACAAUGCCGUCAGCAGCACCAGUAGAGGAAGCACCAGUUGAAGUUCCAAAAACAGAACUUCAGGAACUUCAGUUUAAAGCACAACAGUGUACCGAUGAGUCAUUGGAAAGUACCCGAAGAAUGCUUGCUCUUUGCGAAGAGAGCAAGGAAGCCGGGAUUCGAACCCUGGUGGCUCUUGACGAUCAGGGAGAGCAAUUGGAUCGAAUUGAGGAGGGCAUGGAUCAGAUUAAUGCCGAUAUGAGAGAAGCUGAGAAAAAUUUAAGUGGGAUGGAAAAAUGUUGUGGAAUUUGCGUAUUACCUUGGAAUAAGAGCGCUUCAUUUAAAGAAGAUGAUGGUACGUGGAAAGGUAAUGAUGAUGGAAAAGUUGUCAAUAAUCAACCACAGCGUGUUAUGGACAGUAAUGGAAUGAUGGCACAUGGUGGUUAUAUUGGAAGAAUUACAAAUGAUGCUAGAGAAGAUGAAAUGGAAGAGAAUAUGGGUCAAGUUAACACUAUGAUUGGUAAUCUUAGAAAUAUGGCUUUGGAUAUGGGCUCUGAAUUGGAGAAUCAAAAUAGACAGAUUGAUAGAAUCAAUCGCAAGGGAGAUCAUAAUACAACUCAUCUGGAUGAAAUGAAUAAGAGGGCUGAAGUUUUACUUAAAAAUUAGGAAGAUGUUAAAUAUGUAUAGAAUACCCGAUUAUGUAUAAUUACAGUUUAGUUAUGUACGCACAAAAUUCAGAUCAAAUUUCAAUAACAAGUGUAUUAUAUACAUACUUUUUUUUUUUAAAUCUUUACCUAUAGUAAUAAAUUCUUUUAAGUAAACUUAAUACAAUCAUUUAUAUGAUAUUAUUUUCUUAACUAAAAAUUAAAAAAUAUUUAAUUUUGUUUAAUAUUGGAUUAAUAUAUUUUAUAUAAAUGUUUUUAUAUUGAAAUUCAAUUUAAGUUUCUGAUAUUAUGGUUAUUAGGUCGAAAACAUUGAAAACAUUACUGCUCUUAAAAUGAAUGUUUUUAUAAGAAAGUUUUAAUGAUAAUCAAUAUUCAUAUUUAAAUAAUAAAUAUAUCUUUAAUUUUUUUUUUCUUAAUUAAAUGUAUAUUUAUAAUAUAUUAUUUAUAAAAAAUAAUUGUAUUUAGAUAAUAUAAAACAGAAGCACUUAAAAAAAAUUAAACAAAAACAAUAAAAUAUAAAAAUCGAUUCUUUUGGAGACUUAAAUAAAUUCAUAUCAAAAUCUUCGUAAAUAAUUUAUAUUUAAUUACAAAAAAAAUUGAGCAAAUUAAAUACAUAUUAAAAAUUAGUAACUAACAAAAAUUAAUAAAAAUAUUAAAAAUAUAAAUACAGCAAUAGCCUAUAUUU